AUGCCUUUCAAGUUGACUUGUUUUGUUCUUCUAGCCGCGCUCUUCAGAUUCGUCUUAACAAGCUCACCUCUCUCCUUGUCAUCUCUGGCUAUUUCCAACAUCACCGUCCCGUCGAAAAACACCCCAACGAACCCUUCUUUGAGCGCACGUCCCCACGAAAACCUUGAAAUGAGCUCAGGCUGGGACGGCCCGGGCUUCAUUAGCAUCACCUUCUCCCACUACGGCGACGAUAUCCUUCCGCAACUAGCUUUUUAUUGCAUCGCCGUCGCAACGAACGACGCCUGGAUCGAUCACCGAAGCCAUUGGAACCAAGCAAUCCGACAGAGCGAGCUGGUGUACACGAACACAGAUACCUCCAGGCACGUCAUCCUCAGUGUGCUUCCUCGGGCGGCAAUGACGUGGAGCAUGUUCUAUUAUUCAAUGCUGUUGGUGACACGGUUCACGAGAGUAUUCGAGUCGAUGGCGUUUGAUUUCGAGGUCGAGGUGACGGGCGUGCGCGGUUUGGUGGCGAUUGGGAAUUUGACCAUCCUACCGAAGUUGGGGUCCUGA